AUGGCUCAACCGGCCAGUGCGAAAUACCACAGCGAACCUUCUGCCCUCUGGGGGAAAGCGUACGACUCUUUGAAAUCUCAGCAUCCCGAGCUUGUAGAAAAAUAUGAGGAGAUUCUCUCAGCACACUUGCCUGGGCAAACCAAUACCAGUAAAAAUGUUGUGUCAACGGACCCGAAGGAGCGGCAAGCCCAAAUGGAAAGCAUCAUGAAGAAUGGCAUGGAACGUGUCGAUGCUAGGAGGAUACGGUACCGCAUCGCCGGCAAAGAGUUUGAUCUGGAAAACCAGGUAUCCGAAGCCACCGACUUACUUCUAUCGGUUCGUGACUGGAUUGCUGGAGCAGUCAAAAGUUCACCGGAAGCUUCGCUAGCAUGGGCGGGCGUCUCAUUGGUCCUGGUCUUUCUCAACAACCGAAGUACAGCUCUGUCGGCCCAGAAUGAAGGCUUUACGUAUGUGACGAGUCGCCUGCGCUACUAUAUCGCUCUGGAAUCUAUCAUGCUGCCUGAAAGCGGAGCGAGCGGGAUCGACGGAAAUUUGAGAGAUAGAUACGAGGAUGUCGUCUUGGACCUGUACAUUCAUGUCCUCAAAUUCCAAAUUCAUAGCGUUCGACGCUUCUACCGUGGCCGUCUUGGGAAUCUGGGCCGCGACCUUAUCAACGCAGACGAAUGGAAGAGCAUGUUGGACAAGAUAAAGGAGCUCGAAGAAGAGAUUGAGAAGAAGUCCGCGCACAUUAACAGCUCUAUUGCGCGAGAGAAGCUCUCGGGUCUCAAGGCAAAUUCCACAUCCACGCUCCAGCUUUUGGAGCGCCAAGUCGAACUCGCCGAAGAGUGGAGUGAUCUCUUUCAACAAAAGGUUGACGCCAUCUUGGAUGCCCUCGCUAAGCAAUCUGAUCUAUACAAGCAAACCUUAAGUGAUGAAGAAAGGAAGAAACUGGACUCCCUGCUUGAAAAACUCUUCGUGGGUGAUUAUGAGAUGUUCAAACACAGGAUCGAUGGAAGAGUCGAGGGAACUUGUCAAUGGUUCCUGGAACACCAGAACUACAAGCAAUGGCUCUCUCAAGACUCAGGCCCUCUAUUUGUGUCUGCUGACCCGGGCUGCGGCAAAUCUGUCCUUGCAAAGUAUCUGGUGGACGAAGCCCUUCCUCGAGAUGCAACCAUUUGCUAUUUCUUCUUCAAGGAUCCAUACGCAACCACAGCCAAACAGGCCGUCUGUUCCACUGUCCAUCAGUUGCUCAAGCAGAAGCCACACCUCGCUCACCACGCACUUGACCACUUUAGAGGAGUUGGAGAACAUUUGCCCGAGGCGCUAAGUGUUGUCUGGAAUAUGUUAGUCGACACAGUCACGGACCCCGAAGCAGGACACAUCAUUUGGGUCGUUGAUGCUCUGGAUGAGUGUGCCGAGCUGGAGCUCAGAGACCUGAUAUCCUUGAUUGAAGGAUUCUUCGACUCGUCGAAAUCAAAGAGGACAAAGUUUCGGAUACUUCUCACCAGUAGACCUUAUUACUCCGUGACAACCAAGGUCGAAUACGCGUUAGCUGAAUCGUUUCCCAAUAUCAGGAUUCCUGGUGAAGAUGAAUCCGACGCAAUAAUGGAAGAGGUGGACCGGGUCAUCCGUUACCGGAUCGAGAGACUCUCCAAUCUCUACGCCUUGAAGAAGAGUCUCAGAGACCAUCUGGAGGCCCGAAUCUUCCAAAUUGAACAUCGCACCUACCUUUGGGUCCACCUGGUAUUCGAUUACCUAGAGAAGAGCAAAUUUCAGAAGACAAUGAGGGGAAUAUCGGAUCGUAUUGAUACUGUUCCAGCCAAAGUAGACGGCGUAUAUGAACAAAUUCUUCUGCGAGUUGAGGAAGAAAACAGAGAAACAGUUCAGAAAGCACUAAGCAUCAUUUUGGCAGCGGACCGUCCUUUGACUUUGCAGGAAAUGAAUGUUGCGUUGAACGUCGCCUCUGACAUGUCUGGUGAGGAUGAACUAGAUCUCGAAGACGACGAUGACUUCAAGAACACACUUCGAGACUGGUGCAGCUUGUUUGUGACCGUUUACAAUGGUCGCGUUACUUUGAUCCAUCAGACUGCCAGAGAAUUUCUCUUGGCCAAAUUCGACCAAGGACGCCCGACGGAAGCGUUGGAGACAAGUACAAAGAGUUGGCAACAUUCGAUACCACUGUCUCGUGCACACGCCAUCUUGUCAAUAAGCUGUGUAGCUUAUCUGAACUACAUGCGACUUCGAGGCCUACAAUUUGAUGAACCAGAGAUCGAGUCCAUCAUCAAGGAGCACCCUUUCCUGGGAUACGCGUGCUGGCACUGGUCGUCGCAUAUCCGUGAUUGUGGGUACAGUCUGUGCAAAUUCUGGCCAGAAUUGGGCAGAGAGCUUCGACGCCUGGACUCAUGGAAGGGAGAUGACAAGAUGUUUCGAAUACGUGACCUCGGCGUAGAGGAUCUGCAGCCCCAGACUCUGCCGGCAUAUUUCGGCCAUCUGGAGGGCUUGAAGAUGCUAGAAGGAUCAGAGCAAUCGCAGACCAGCCGAGAGGCAUUAUCGCCAUUUUUCGCCGCCUGCUGGGGCGGUCACAGCCAGGUGGCUCAAUAUCUAUUGGAGAGAGGUGACAAUACGGAUACCACGUUCAGAGAUCAGCAUGUCCUCAGUCUCGCAUUGGGAAGAGACGCUUCUGGGAAGCCAUGGACUGGUGUGUUCCUGGAGAUAUUCUCUCGCAUCAUUGAAGAUGUCCCCCCGAGGCGCCUCCACGCUCUUCAAGGAUAUGAACAUUGGGGAUUUGAUGAUAAUAUGUACCCUAGCCUCCAGUACGCGGCAGCCUAUCUGGAUCUCAUUUACCUGGAAAUUCUCCUGAGAAAGCGUGGGAUCGAGAUAGACGUGCGGGAUUCCUUGGGAAGAACCGCACUUCACUGUGCCAGGGGUGCAGAAAAGGUGCUGUGCCUUCUCCAGCAUGGUGCGUCUGUUUCCGCGGAAGAUUAUCUAUGUCAAACACCGCUAUUCUGUUCCCAGCGAGCAGAAGGGAAGAAGUUGUUGAUCGAAUGGGGGGCCGAUAUCCAUGCCACUGACGUCCAUGGGAGGACUGCACUCCAUGAGGCGAAGGAUGCAGACGAUGUAUCAGUCCUAGUUGAGAGUGGAGUUCCUGUCGAUGCCUUGGAUCACAAUGGUCUUACGCCUCUGCUCUACAAAACCACUCCGACAGUGGUGACGGACGCACAGUCCGGCCCAAUUACUGCUCUUUUAGAGCUGGGAGCCAACCCAAACGCGAAGGACCGGGACGGUAUAAGCCCAUUGGCUGCCAUCGUCAGAGUGGGCUCAUCUGGAAUGGACAAGGCUGGCACAAUUAUGUCGACGUUGCUUCGAUAUGGUGCUGAUCCUAAUAUUCCGGAUAACCAUGGCUUGACCCCCCUGUGUUACGCGUCCGGCGGAUUCUGGCGUUCCAGAAUGAAGUCAAUCGUGGAGAUUCUCCUCAACAAUGGAGCGAACGUGAACAGCAAGGAUGAACUGGGACGCACGCCCCUUCACUAUGCCUGCUGGAACGCUCGUACAAAACUCGUCAAGUACCUAUUGCGUCGGGGUGCAGACGUCCAGAUAACAGACCUGGAGGGCAACUCACCAUUGCACCUCUGCACACUUCCCGCGAUACUGCAGGAUUGGGAGAUCAUGUACACGGCCUCGGUAGUGGAAUUGCUCAAUCGAGCCGGGGCAAAGUUUGACACUGUCAAUCACCGUGGUAUGACACCGCUCCUCGCCGCGGCCGCGAACGAGCGUUACCUCCAUUGGAUAGCAGCCUUGGCUGAAGCGACGAAGAGCGACACUUUGGUGGCUGAUGAUCGCGGGAUGACAGUACUUCACCAUCUCGCUGCCAACGUUCAACUCGGGAAACGAAUUGACGCAGAGAGACGUGAUGGCACGGAGCUUUUAGAAACAGUGCUAAAUCGCCUGUGGGAGACUGGCGCCGAAGCAGUCCUGGAAGCACGCGACAAAGAGGGCCGAACACCACUACUCGUUGCAGCAUCUCACGCAAACGACGCAGUGCUCAGAGCCCUUUUGGACAGAGGGGCCUCUGUAGAGGCAAAAGAUGAGAUGGGAAAUACGGUUCUUCACGGUCUCAGUCUCGGUGACCCUAUUGGAGUGUAUGAGGCAGACAAAUGUUUCUACAGAGUAUCGACAGCGUGGCAGAGCACAAAGCAAAGCUUCGACGUCAGAAAUAACAAAGGGAGGACGCCUCUGCACGAAGCGUGUGAUCGCGGCAAAGCAUUCCUAUCAGAAGCUCUUGCCUGGUCCGGAGCAGACCCCGGCGCCCUCGACAGUACCGCUUGCGAUCCGCUGCAACUUGUCCCCGAGGUCUGGAGGGACGAUAUGCGUGGAUUUGUUGAACGCGGCUGUGCCUCGAGAGGCCAGCAGCGACCACAACCGUUCCACGAGGACAACUACGCUCCGAUCCGGUGGCCUCCCGCACUACCACGUUCGGUAGCAAGUUCUGCUGGGUGA